GAAUUUUUGUAGAAACAUGAUAUCUUUCUUCAACUGAGUUUCCUAGCUGUGGAGCCUAAAAACAGUAUAUAAAGCAAUGUUUUUCCUGUCUUUUCGUCGGUUUCUUAUUGUUCUAUUGUAAGUUGCUCAAUUUAUUGCAAUCUAAUUUGUUAGCUAUACUACUUGAAACAAACCAAAAUGAUUUCUUAUGCCUUGGAUCCAAUUGCCUAUUUAUCUCAUUAUUACACAAAAUACGAGGAUCUUUUGAAAAAUUACAUAUUUACACCUUCAAAUAUUACUAAUUACUGUAUAAUCUCUGUCAUCUCAAUUACUAUCCUUUAUCAACUCUAUAAAACCAAAUACAUCAAAAAUAAUAACUCCAACAACAACAAUAUAUUGAUAUACAUCUGCUAUCUUUACUACGUCUUGAGCAUCUACUCAAUUUUAAUCAAAUUUUAUUAUGAUAAUGAAAUUUAUUUACAAAACAAAAACUUCAAGAUUAUAAUUGAGGUAUUUUUAAAAGCUCAUUCUUUACUUGCUUUUGCUGUCUUUUGUUAUUUUGUUUAUUCCAACUCUUCUCAUUUCAAUUCCAAUAAUGAACUAGGUUAUUCCUUUAACCAAUUAAAUAACAAUACCAAUCAAAUCAAUAGUAAUAUCAAGAAUGAUAUUUCAUUAGAAAAGAAAAAAAUCGACUAUCCUGAGUGGGAUUUCAAUCCUGAAAAAUUCAAUUUUAAACUUGAUUCUUUAUUUUAGUUAAUUAUAUUAUAUACUACAUUAUAUAUAUAAAAUAUUCAAUUUUUAUUCUGUUAAAAUGUUCUUAAUGUGUUUUUUCCCUUUAUGUUUUUUUAUUUUAAAUUUUCAUUUGAAUUUUCAUUUGAAUUUUCUGUUAAUUAGGUCUUAUUUAUACAAGUGUUUUUUACUUUGUUUCACUUUAUUUUUCAUUUUCUAUUUUCUAUUUUCUAUUUUUUAGUUUUUGAUCCUCUAAUCUUCUAAUCUUUAUUUUUUUAUUUUUUAGUUCACCCUUAAACUUUAAUAAAUGUU